AUCGUGAUGCCUUUUACGACACCUGAGAAGUCCGCACCGCAGGAUGGGGGCUAAGCAGUCGAAAGGUUCGGAGGCUGGCUCAGGCCCAUUUCAGGGGAUUUGGAAAAGAGCCCAAGGUUCUGUCCUGCUCCGCUCGUCCGCCAGUGAGGCCCCGGAAAGCCAAAGGUCGCCUGCACCGUACCAUCGUCGUGUUAGCAUGAUCCAGGACCUGUUGCUGAUGGCAAAGGAGGGCAGACAGGAUGAUGCCAGUGAACUGUUGAAGACUUUGAGACAGGAUUUGGGGAUGGAAUCAACGUCUCUGGAUGAUGUAUUGUACCGGUAUGCCAGCUUCCGUAAUAUGGUGGACCCCAUAACCCAUGACCUCCUCAUCAACCUUGCUCGCUACAUGCACUGUCCCAAAAUGGAGGGUGAGUCACUGAGUGCCAUGGAGAAAGUGUGUCGCCAGCUCAUGUACCACCUGAGUCCCCAUCCACGCUGGAGGAGACAGGGCCUUUUAAAGGGCAAACUCCAGGCCAGUCUAAAGGCUGUUUUAUCCGUGUCUCCGGAUGGCACCGUGGAUUUAUCCGGAUUCCCUCUUUCACGCCGUGACAUCGAGCGUCUGACGCUGCACCUGCGCCGGCACUCCUCCCGCGUCCGUAGCGUGGAGCUGGGCUUCACCGAGCUCACAGACGACAUGCUACUCACACUGCUGCCAGCUCUGGCUGCGCUUCCCACCCUCGAGAGUCUGGCGCUCAACGGCAACCGGCUAACACGCGCCGUCCUCCGGCAACUCACCGAUGCCCUUAAGGAACCGGGCAACUUUCCACUACUGGCGUGGGUCGAUCUGGGCAACAACGUGGAUAUUUUCUCUCUUCCUCAGGCCUUCCUGUUGGGCCUGCGAAAGCGCUGCCCCAAGCAGGGCAACCUGCCGACCAUACAGGAGCAGCCUGAACGUGUGGGUGGGGCUGGGGAAAGUGCAGGAUCAGAAGAGGUUGGGGAGGAUGAAGAAGGGUGGAGUUCAGGGUCAGGAGAUGACACAUAAUCAGGAAGUUAGUGGCGGAUAGGAAUUAAAGGGGGUCCAUUUACAUGUGUGCGCAUCAAGGAUGUGGAUGAUAUGACAUUAUGUUGACCUGUUCUUGAUAUGUGGAUGAAAUCAACUGGUCUCGGUCGGGCACAGGUAGAGGAACUGGCUAGUUUACUGCUUGUGAGGAGUAAA